AUGACGUCUGUAGCAGAGCGAAGACUAACGGUUCUCCAGGAGCCAAGAAUAGAGCAGCCAGAGAGAUCUGCGCUGCUCAAAGAUCGACGAAUCCUUGUGAUAAAAAGGAGUUUUUGUUACGGGAUUUUAGAGGUUUUUUUGCCAUUUUUUAUGUUAGUUUUACUGAGCAGCAUAUAGGAGCAAAGGAUAGAGUUGAUGGACUGUAGUGACAUGUCUGGAUCUGUGUGUCCUUAAAUGGAAAUUCACAUUAAAGACCAUUUUCACCUGUAAGUGUAGAAUCUGAUCAAAUUGUCAGUAGAUAUGGAUGUUUUUAGAAAAUAUUUGAUCAUAAUUAUUGGGUGGAUUAUCAUGUGGUUGAAAUGCGUGUUUAGACAACUUUUGGGUGCUUUAGACAACAGCUUAGCAUCUCCAGGUAUCACAGGUAGAGGGCCUCAUCAAGGCGUCUCAGAGGAGUGGAAGACCAAUGAGGCGCUCCGCACAUAUCACCUGGGAGAUGCAAAUCACACAAAGGUUACAGUCCAAACAAGCACUCAUGCUUUUCACGUGGACCUUCAAAGACUUUCAAAGUUCAGCGAGUACUUUCGAGCCGUGUCCCAGUCUCGAAUGAAGGAGACGUCAGAGCGACUCAUUCACCUGGAACACGUGCCCUCCUCUGUUUUUCAUAAUCUCCUCGAGUUUUAUUUCAACGGCAACUUCAAAGUUCCUCAGGAAGAACUGGGUCCAAACAUCCAGGUAAGCUGCUAUCUUCUAGCUGAGGCCUUCCUGUCAAAGUGUCUGUCAGUCCUAGCAGAAGAACUCAGCUCGUCUAACUGCUCGUCAUACCUGAGUCUUGCUCAGGAGACUUGUUGUUCUGAGCUGAGACUGACAGUCCUCACUUUCCUAAGUAGAAACUUGCUGGAGGUGCCACAUGUUUUCAGAAAAUUGAAUCAUGAGGACAAGAGGGAUGUUAUCAAGCUGAGGACACGAGGAGAGCCGCAUCUGUGCAACCUCCGGAAAGAGAACCUGACUUCUUGGAGCGACCCAGAGACAGAACGCUCUCGAUACAUCUUUGGCCUGACAGGGCCAGAGAACUGCAAGGACUGGCAGCGAGUUACAGAGCUUCCUUUUCGGGCUGAUAAGUGGUGUUUUACCACAGUGGUGCUUCUCAACUACCUCUUCCUUUUAGGAGGCCACAGACAGCAGGUGAAAAGAGGCUGGGAGUUCACUAAAGUUUCUUUUAGGUUCAAUCCUGUCAGUCGUUCAUGGACGUCCAUAUCACCGAUGAUAAAGCACAGGCGACAUUUCAGCGCGGUUGCUUGUGAAGGCUGUAUUUAUGCAGUGGGAGGCUGGUACCUGGACUCUCUGGUAACCCCGGAUACAAGCACGGCGCUGUACACCGCUGUAGAGUGCUAUGAUCCUUGGCAGGACACCUGGCGGUUUGUGUCUUCAUUGCCCCUCACGGACUUCCGGUUCAGCGUGUCCUUGUCCCACGAUGUUCCCCUGGCUACCAGCCUUGAGCAUUUCAUCUAUGUGCUGGGCAACGUUCAGAGAACUGGAGAGAAGUUAUUCCUGCAGUACAACACCAAGCAAGAUUCCUGGUGUGAACUUCUUCCCACCCUCACCCGAACAGAUGCAGAACUAUCUACUCUGUACUUUCUUGGUGCUACUGACAAGUUGGUGGUCGUUGGUGGGAACAACUCUAACACAAUGGUGACAUCUUUUUGUGUAGAGUCUAAGAAGUGGGGACAGAUCCGCAGGGCAGAGAAAGUGGCGUUCGCCGGCCAGGGAUCCCUCAUGAAUGACCAUCUUCUCAUGCCCAGUAUAGAGCACAGCACUGUAACUCAGAUGGAUCUCCAAACUCUCACCAUCACACCUCUUCCACCUCUGCCUGUCUCCACUUGCUAUGAUGCUUCCUUUUACCUUUACUACUAAUGAUGCAGCACUUCUGCAGCUUUUCCUGUACAGAGUAAUAGACUUUGUUUUUCUAUCUUGUUGUGCACAGCAAAUUUUAGAGCUCAGAGCAAUUUUUAUGGGAUUUUAAAGGAGUGAUUUGAAAUAAAGCCAGUACUAUGUUAUGACAACUAUAUUCAGGAUUUGUGCUGCAGAUUGAAGGGUUUAAGGGAUUUUGACGUCUUCGAGGGGGACACAUCAAUAAUUAACAGAUUACAGAAACAAAUAUAAAUAAAUCAUUGUUUUACUAGUCUAAAAAGUGUAUUUUCUUGUGGACAUAUACAUGUUCAUUCCUAUUUGGUGGAAUUUUACUGACAAUUUAAAGCUGUUUUGUGCAAGCGUGUUCAUACAAUGUCACCGUCGGUGGUGGUACAGUUGUGUCUUUGUAUCCACUUCCUGCCCUUCCUUUUACUAGGAACAGACCCACAAACAUUACCUAUAAUCAGCUGUCUUAGAAACAAGCAAGUCUAGCAAAAAAAAAAAAAAAAA